UAUCAAGUGAAACUAAAAGAACAGAAAAAGAAAAUAAAAGAGCAAUGCCUAUAAGUUUUAUAAGCCUAGCUCUUUUGACCCUCUCGAUGUUACUAAUUUCCUUGUCCAUCCACGGCGUCACGGCAACAAAGUUGAAGCACAAUGAAGGGGAGGCUAGAAAGAUGUACGAGCGAUGGCUUUUGGAGAAUGAGAAGAACUAUAACAAUCUUGGAGAGAAGGAGAGACGGUUCAUAGUCUUCAAAGACAACUUGAAGCUCAUUGAAACACAUAAUUUGGUUUCGAACCGGACAUACGAACUCGGGUUGAACCAGUUUGCGGAUCUAACGGUUGAUGAGAGCUGUUGUUGGGCAUUUUCGGCUGCUGGAGCGGUGGAAGGUAUAAACCAGAUCACAACCGGAGAAUUGAUAUCUUUGUCAGAACAACAACUCAUUGACUGCGCUACAGAAACCAAUGACCGAUGUGAUGGAGGUGACGCGGCAUACGCUUUUAUGUUCAUUAAGGAAAAUGGUGGUAUAGUAACAAAUAAAGAUUACCCUUUUACUGGCGAUAAAAAUGCAACGUGCAAGGCCAUUGAGAUGAUUACCACACGUAAAGUUACCAUUGAUAGUUAUGAGGGUGUUCCUAUAUUUGAUGAGAUGUCUUUAAAGAAAGCUGUUGCUAAUCAACCUAUAGCUGUUGGGAUUGAUGCCAGAAACAUGCAUUUCUACAAAGAUGUAAUCCUAAUUGACAUUGUCACCAAAAAUCUUGAUUUUUCCUAAUUCCCAAUAAAAAGUUGUGAUCAUU